AUGCAUCUCCUGCUGGUCACUUGGUGGGACAUGGCAGGCAUGUUGCAUGCACUGGACGCGAGGGCCCAGGGGAAAAAGAGGCCGCGGGUGGUCGUGGUCGGAGCCGGCUUGGCAGGCCUGGCCGCGGCUCACUACCUCCAUAAGAACGGCUUUUCCGAGACGCUCGUGCUGGAAGCCAACGACAGGAUCGGAGGACGAGUCCGCUCGGUGAAAUUCGGUUCCUCCUUGGUGGAACUGGGGGCGAAUUGGAUCCACGGAGGUUGCUUGGCGAAUCCGAUCUAUCAGCUGGCCAGGAUCUUGGACAUCAUGGAGAAUCCCCCGGAAAAGAAGCGGGAAGCGUGGAAUCCCCCGACGUUCUUCACGCCUCACGGCUUUGCGAUCGAUCACGAUCUAGCUAAGAAGGCAGGGAACAUCUUCGUGGAAAAGGAGCGGCAGAUGCACGCGCUCUACGUCGACGGCCCGGAUCAGGACUCGAACGUCACCGCCGAGGAGUACCUGGAUUACAUCCUGGAGGAGGAAAUCGCCCGAGAGUUCCCGAAGAGCCAGCGAGACGACGCUCAUCGAAUCAUGAACGCCAUGAAGAAUUACCUGGCCUUUCACAUGGGAGACGACCUGAAGAAGCACUCGGCCCAGCUGUACGGCACCUACAAGGAGAUGCCCGGAGCGGAGUGCGUCGCCGUGCCCGACGGUCUCUCGCGGAUCCCGGAAUACCUCCGCUCGCUCAUUCCGGGCAACAAGCUGAGGCUGAGCACGGAAGUGUGCGAGGUCGCCUGGUCGGAGAGGCCGCUCAAGGUGCACUGCGCCUCUGGGGAGGUGAUCGAGGCCGAUCACGUGAUCGUGACGGUGAGCCUGGGGAUCCUCAAGUCCCGCCCCGAUCUUUUCUUUCCCCGGCUUCCGGAGUCGAAAACCGAAGCCAUCUCCAGGAUCGGAUUCGGUCGGGUCGACAAGAUAUUUCUGGAAUUCGAGCGUCCCUUCUGGGUUGCUGGAGAGGGGCACAUACGGCUCGGAUGGCCGGAUUCCGAUUUCCGAUCCCGAACCGGGAAGGAAUGGAACAAAUACAUUUACAGCUUCGACGAGGUCACCAACAAUCCCAACGUCUUGGUCGGAUGGCUCUCGGCCGACGGAGCAGAGAUGAUGGAGAAAGACGACCUGAAGACCAUCAAGAUGAUCUGCACGGAAACCCUGCGCAAGUUCACCGGGAACCCCCUGCUGGACCCACCGAAGAACGUCCUGGCCUCGAAAUGGGCCUCCGACCCCUGCAUCCGCGGCGCCUACUCCUACCAGCCCAUGCGGAAGGCCGAGGGCCCGUCGGACAUGUUCACCCUCUCGCAGCCGGUGCCGGGGAACAUCGACCCCCGGAUCCUGUUCGCGGGGGAGGCCACUCACCCAGACUAUUUCUCCACCAUGCACGGCGCCUUCAUGUCCGGGCUCCGCGAGGCCCAACGCAUCAUGGAUUUCUACGCCAUGACCGGUGUGAACGGAAUCGCCGUCGACGACACCUAAUCGGACUUUUCGGAUCGCAUAUGGAGGCACUACUGUGGCAAGGAAAUCCUCCUCCUCGGAGAGGUGCUUUCAUGUCCUGAUCCAUCCACCUAAAUUGGAUGCGGCGGCAGAUCGUUCACGAGCACGAAUAGUGUUCUAUCAUUCCUCAUCUCCUUCCUGAGCUGCCAGGUACACGGCUGCUCUGGCUGGAAAGGAAAUAAAAAAGGAAAUGAAUUAGAGUUGACUAGACGUUCUUCUCCACUCAUUUUUUUCUCUGGUGAUGCUUCUUUUCUCACCUGGCCUGAUUCCAUUCCGAAAUAAACGCCAAUUUGCACUAA